CGCGAAGCCCUUUGGGAAAUGAAGUCUUUUCAAAGAGCUUGCCGUUCAUGGGGAUCCAGGCCCUGGUAUCUUGGCGGAUUUUAGGCGUUAACCUAGAUGUGGAGCCCGAGUUUAAGAGUGCGACCUGUCUAAUGAGAAGCAAGCUUUUGAGGAUCUCAGAGUAGAAAGUGUACUACAAAUUCACGCAAUCCUCACGCUCAUCGUCUGCAGCCGCAGCCACAGCCUACCUGGGGUAGGCCUGAUUUGUACAUGACCCUAGCAGGCGAACUCCGAGAUGUCGGGAUGCGGGGGCUCCCAGAGGCCCGGCUGCCGGAUUUAGGGACAAACUGAGGAAGAGUGUUGAGGAGGGUGUCGAGAGUUCAAAGGUCAGAGGUCAUCGUAGCGAGGAGUUGUGGAGGGUGGGGGUCCUAAGGGAAGACUCAGGGACUGAUACUCAGGGGACAGAUGUGUGGGUAAAGGGCUUGGAGGGAGGAGAAGCGGGUAGGAGUAGGAGCUGGGCAUAGUGCCGGGAGAAGCGGGGAGACGUAGGAAAGACGAGAGAAGAGGAAAAGAAUUCCCUGAAUAUCCAUCUAUUCCCUGAGUUUAAUUGGCCCAUCACUGUCGGUCACUUAACCAGGCCUCCCUCAGCUGUAACCCCAGCUCUUGGCAGGGAGAAGAGAUGGCUUCUCCCUCUAGACAGCCCCCACUCGGGGGGUCAGGACUGCUUCAAGGGACCCGGGCUCGUUCUUAUGGAAGCCUGGUGCAAUCAGCCUGCUCCCCAGUGAGGGAAAGACGCCUGGAGCAUCAGUUGGAACCCGGAGACACCCUGGCUGGACUAGCGCUCAAAUACGGGGUGACGAUGGAACAGAUUAAGCGUGCAAACCGCCUUUAUACUAAUGACUCCAUCUUCCUGAAGAAAACCAUCUACAUCCCCAUCCUGACAGAGCCCAAAGACCUAUUCAAUGGCUUGGAUUCUGAGGAAGAGAAAGAUGGAGAGGAAGAGGUACAACCAAGUAAGGAUGAAGUUCCACCACACUCCACCAAGAGGAAGAGACAAGAGCCAGGUUCAGGAUGUGCCAAUGGUGAAGUCCUCCCCACACCUGGUCAAGAACCCACCCUACCCAUCCACGAUCUCUCUGCCUCUGAUUUCCUUAAGAAGCUUGAUUUACAGAUCAGCCUGUCAAAGAAGGCUGCUGCCCAGAAGCUGAAAAAAGAGGAAAGCAGGGUACCUGGGGAGGAGGCAGGUCUCCACCAGAGCUCCCCUCGGAUGCAGCAACGAGCAGUCCUAGGUCCUGUGCCACUGACCCGGACCUCUCGAACCCAGACACUACGGGAUCAGGAGGAUGAAAUCUUCAAACUCUAAUGUCUCCAGAACUGACUGAGAGAAGCAGGAUGUUGAAAGAACAACUUGAGGGAGAGAGGAGCCUGAGGUGUGAGGCUCAAAAACAUGGCUUCUCAGCCUGCCUCCCUCCACUUCAGUCAUCUUCCCCAGUUUCCUUGUCUGUCAAGAAUUCCUCAGCAUGGGGCAUUUUUUUUGACAAGAGUAGGAAAUGGGGACUAGACCCCUUCCCAGUUCUUGGACUGAAUCUAGAGUUGUCCUUCAGGUUCAAAAGGCUCUUUGUACAUCCCUGCUGCUUUUCCUAUCUCUUUUACCAGUCCUUGGUGUUAGAGCAAGGGAAGCAGAGACUCCCCUUCAACUUCCUCCCAAUCUCCAACUAUGUUACCUAAUUUAUUUGGUGCUAUAUUGAAGUAAUAUUUAUUUGCUAUAUCUCAUUCCUUCCUACUCUUAGCUGAAAACUGGGAUUUCUAUCAUCUGGGGUGAGGGGAACCCAGGGACAGUGAACCAGGGACUGCUGGUCCCUCACGUUCCUUACCUCCUUAGCCAAGCAUGUUAUUGAGGACAGGGGAGUCAGUGAUCUAGCACCACUGCGGGGAAUGGCAGACUAUACUGAGUUUUUCCCCAAUCUCAAGGUAAUGGAUUUGGGCU